AAUACUUUUUAAUUUUUGCCAAUGGGUAUACACUGAUGCACAGCUGAUUUGUCAAACUAUUUUGCGUUUGGAAAUAAUUACGUAAAUUCGGCAGCCGAGUAUGUCGAUCUUACACUCCAAAUACUACGACCAUCCCGAUGGCGAAGAUGCCUUUGGCAAGAUUUGUGCCACAAACAGAUACGCUGUUGCUGCCGGCCUGGCGUGGUCCACAUUGGAUGUGCUCACUCUGUCCAAACCACAGGGCUAUAUACCCACAAUCGGUAGAUUCGCCUACAAUACGGGUCCACUGAUGGGCAUGGCGACGGCAUUUACGCUAACAACGCUAGCUGCCACAAAAGCGCGCGGCAAGGAUGAUAAAAUAAACUAUCUGAUUGGUGGGUUUGCUGCUGGUGGCGUCUUUGGUGCAUGGAAGCGCAAUCAUGUAGCUGGCCUCUGUGCUGGCCUAUUCCUUGGUAUAGCCGGUGUCAUCAAGAAGAUGUCCAUUGAACAGGGCUGGGAAUUCUUUCCCGAUUCACCCACGCAUCAAUAUGGCUCUGUGAAUGUUGCCCAGAACGAUUUCACCAUUAUGGCAGAGCGUCCCAAGAACUGGACAACGGAAAAAUAGGAAAAUGACCCAAACAUGUCGCGCUUUGUUUUUAGUUAAUAAUUUACCGAAAAGAAACUGGCAAUUUUGUGUAGCUUAAAAAUCCAAAUGCAACCCGAAUAAAUGCCAUGUGAGAAGUGA